CACAGUGAGAAUUCCUCUGUACCUGUCUGAACAAGGAGAGUCAGAGCGCCGUGGGGCGAAGGAAGAAAAGAUAGACGUAAGGAAAGAGGGCAGAGGGAAAAAGGAAUCACGAGAGUGACGAUAGGAGGAACAAAGGGCACAUAUUUAAAGAGCACAAACAGGAAAGAGGUGUGUUAGGGAACAGAGCGAGAGUGAGAGAGAGAGAGAGGAGUCAGUCGGAGCAGAAUUUGCAGUUUGCUGGGCCGUGUUCGGAAACUCUCCGGGACCUGUGGCUAUUUUGGUUCGUCAGUUUUGGAGCGGUUUAGGAUGGAUGCCAUAAUGCUGCAGGAAAAACUGGUGGAGCGGCUGCUGUGUCCACGAGUGAGAACUGCCAGGCAGAAGGAGAAACAGUAUGUGGGUUUUGCAACGCUGCCCAACCAGGUCCACAGGAAGUCAGUGAAGAAAGGCUUCGAUUUCACUCUGAUGGUGGCAGGAGAGUCUGGUAUGGGUAAAUCCACUCUGGUCAACAGCCUGUUCCUAACAGACCUUUACAAAGACAGGAAGCUACUGAAUGCUGAGGAGCGAAUCAACCAGACAGUGGAGAUCAUAAAACACACUGUAGACAUCGAGGAGAAAGGAGUCAAGCUCAAACUGACCAUCGUGGAUACACCGGGGUUUGGAGACGCCGUCAACAACAAUGAGUGCUGGAAGCCAAUCACAGACUAUAUAGACCAGCAGUUUGAGCAAUACUUCAGAGAUGAGAGUGGACUGAACAGAAAGAAUAUCCAGGACAACAGAGUCCACUGCUGUCUCUACUUCAUCCCUCCAUUUGGACAUGGCCUACGUCCAGUGGAUGUGGAGUUCAUGAAGGCUCUGCAUGAAAAAGUGAACAUAAUUCCACUCAUUGCAAAAGCUGAUUGCCUCACACCAAACGAGAUAAAGAAGCUCAAAGACAGAAUACGAGAGGAAAUAGACAAGUUUGGGAUUAAAGUGUACCAGUUCCCAGAAUGUGACUCCGAUGAGGAUGAAGAGUUCAAACAACUUGACAAAGAGCUGAAGGAGUGCACCCCGUUCGCUGUGAUUGGCAGUAACACAGUGGUAGAGGCUCGAGGGCAGAGAGUGAGAGGAAGACUGUAUCCUUGGGGGAUUGUUGAAGUGGAGAACCAGUCACACUGUGACUUUGUGAAACUGAGGAACAUGCUGAUCCGCUCACACAUGCACGAUCUGAAAGACGUGACCUGCGACGUCCACUAUGAGAACUACAGAGCGCAGUGUAUACAGGAGAUGACCAGUAAACUGGCUCAGGACAAUCGUAUGGAGAGUCCCAUUCCCAUCCUGCCGCUGUCCACUCCAGAUGUGGAAACUGAGAAACUAAUCAAGAUGAAAGACGAGGAGCUGAAGAGGAUGCAGGAGAUGCUGAACAAAAUGCAGCAGCAGAUGCACGACAAAGAGCAGUGACGCCUCUGAGAGCAAAGCUGCAGAGCUGUAACGCCACCUGCUGUUUCUCCCUUGAAUGACAGUGAGACCUUCGGACAUUGAACUAUGGAUAUCUUGUGUCACUGGCAACUCUGGGUGUACAUUUGUCUUCAGUUUGGUGCUUUGUAUAGUUUGUCUGCCUGGAGGCUUGUUUUAUCAGGGGGGUUUUAUUUUUUCUCUGAAACUCUAUGUUUGUCCACUUUGAGUCCCCCCGCC